AGUGAGGGUGGACUUCGUUGUUAUCGUGUAGCCUACACCCCCACUCUCUCUCUACCUCGCUCUCUCUCUCUCUCUGCCCGUCUCUCUCCCCCUCGUUCUACUUCCCAUCUCUUCCUUAAUCCCAUUUGCCAUUGUACGUGCCCAAUCGCCGUAUACUUUCCGCAUUUAACUUGGAUGACAUUUUUAUUUCAUCAUUAGCAUCCGGCGCCAGACUGACGCGGUGGACACAGUUGCAUUUUGACAAAGGAACGCACAAGACUUGGAUGCAAAACUGAUAUUAUUUUGUCCUCUCUGAAGACUAUUUGCUUUUCUGAUCUGUAUUUAUUUUUUACGUUCUCGAUCAUCCGCGUAAUCAAGAAGAUAUUCCGCAUUUAAAACAUCGCACAGAAGGACAGUUAGUCCUACCAGUUUAUAAUAUCUCUCUUUCUAAGUGAGACUUUGUUAAUUCCAGUCUUUUAACACUUACAUUUGUGGUCUACGGCAUUCGGACCACAACCUCCAAGCAGCAAUGCCCGAGACGGCGCAAGAGACGUGCACUCCGGUGAAAGACUCUCCCUUCUUCAUUAAGAACUUACUUAACUGUGAUAGUAAACCAUCUAAACCGAAGCCCAUCUUCGCCUCGGCAAAGGCGGCGUUUGAAGGGGGCUUUUCCCUAUCCCAGGUCGGGGACUUUAACUUUCCUCGCUUUGAGAUACCCACACAGAGGUUUGCUUUACCGGCGCACUAUCUGGAGCGAGCCUCAGCAUGGUGGUAUCCCUACACGCUCAGCGCAGCCAGUCAUCUACACAGAACGGAAGUUGCCGAGAAGGCAAGAGCAAGAGACUCUUCUCCAACCUCAGGCACGGACCGCGACUCGCCAGACCUGGUGCUCAAAUCCGAUCCAGACGGCAAAGAAGACGAGGACAACAAAAGUGGUGAUGAAAUAGUUCUAGACGAGAGUGAUUCUGAGGACACAAAGAAAGACAGUGGGGUAGACGACAGGAAGAAAAACGAGGACAGUGACGAAAAGAAAGCAUGUCGAAAAAAGAAAACACGCACCGUGUUCUCCCGGAGUCAGGUGUUUCAGCUUGAGUCCACCUUUGACAUGAAACGCUACUUGAGCAGUACCGAGAGGGCUGGAUUGGCUGCGUCAUUGCACCUGACAGAGACACAGGUAAAGAUUUGGUUCCAGAACAGAAGAAAUAAAUGGAAGAGGCAGCUUGCCGCUGAACUAGAGGCUGCCAAUCUGAGCCACGCCGCUGCACAGAGGAUAGUGCGAGUGCCCAUCCUCUACCACGAGAACUCAGCCUCAGAGACUGGCAAUGCAACCGGCAACGUUCCUGUGAGCCAGUCGCUCCUCACCUUCCCCCACCAUCUCUAUUACUCUCACCCAAUCGUCACCUCUGUGCCACUACUCAGACCUGUUUGAAAAACAAGACGUUGUUAUCUAUAUUCCUAACUCGUAGGCCUACAGAACAUUACACAAGACAAACUAAAACAAUAUUUUUCUAAAGAAGAAAAUACAAAUAAAAAAUAGGCCUAUAAUUUCUGUUAAAGAGGAUAUAUUGUGCAUUUUUAUAUUAGGGUGAAGUUUACAUUUUGUCUGGCAUAAUUUCACGCCAAUAGCAUAUUGUUCUUAUUAAAAAUUGAUAUUACGGAGUUAACACUGCCCCAAAAUACAUUUCAGGAAGUCGCCCCCCCCCCCCCCCCUUCAAAUUAAUGUAAUGUCUUAUGAUAGCAUUCUAGCGCAUGGGGUCGUAGCAUUUGACCCCAACUGAUGUUUUCAUUGUGUUUUCUCUUUUCUCAGCCAUUUAGGAAUAUCGAAUAUCGAACGGGCUCAACACUCUUUACUCAAAGCGCUUUAAAAGGGGACAAUCAAGAUACGCUGUUUUAUGUACAAUAUAAUUGUAGCUUAUAGGAUUAUUGUUUUGAUGUACUGAUUCUAAUUUCUGCUUCCUCGACAAUGUCCUUACAGCACAAUUAAGAAUUGAAUGUCAUUACUUUUUGUGUUUUUGAAACAAUAACAUGGUGUACAAAUGUAUAUGGAUAUAUUUAAUCGAGUCAAUGAAAUGAGCUACCUGUUGAAGCUAUUCCUUUGUACAGAAAAAAAAAACUUUUUGAUAUUGUAUUGCUGAUUUCUGUUGUGAAAUAAAUGGAGAUUAUUCCAUUCUUAAAUAUGUCGAAUCAGUGCGUAUUCAAUAUUCUAAUUGGGUGUAAUUGGGUGUAGCAUACAGUCUAUGCCUAGGGCAUCAAUUCUGAAAUGUUAUAUUUUUGCCACUUUGUCUCCCAAACAAAUGAGUCUAUUGUCGACUUUCAAAACGUCUUCAUGAACAGGAUUGAUUGUUGAAUAAUGUAAAUAAACAGCAUAACUCAACAAAUAAACAAACCUUUAUUAUA